CUCUCCACGUGAUCAGAUGAAGCCGAUUUCGAUGGACGUCGCUUCUUACGAAAUUAUCGCUAUCGGUCGGCAAAAACAGGCGCGACUUUUAUCAGUUUCGAAAAGUAUAAACAUAAAUUAAAAGCGGGUUAACUUAACUUGGUAAUUAGGCUCCGUACGAUGGACAAAUCUGUAGAUUUUUCUUUAAUUCACCGACGUAACUAGGCCUAAUCGAAUUUAUAUGAAGGGGAAAAAAUCGUCUAAAAACUGAAAAUAGAGGGGAAAAAUGCUGGAAAUUGUGCCAUUUUCUCAAUUCGAACGUUAGUUUAUUGAUAAUGAUCUUCGGAGUAUGUUUCAUGAGCUGGUUGCUGAUAUGCAGCUCAGUUAGUACAACAGGUAAACCUACUUCAGAAGCAAAUAUGACCAGAUCACCAAAUAUUACCAAAAUUCAAAAUAGAUCUUUAAAAUGCUACUGCAAUACUUGCCCCGAACAAAAUUUUACUUGUGAAACAGAUGGACUCUGUUUUCUUUCCACAUCAAAGGCCGAGAACGGAGAAAUUACUCGUACAUAUCGCUGUUUGAAUACUAGCAAAAAUUUUCCUCCAGAAAAUCCGUUGGUUUGUUAUACUUCUGCCAGUUGUUGCGGAAAUUAUAAUUUUUGUAAUAGGGAUCUUCAGUCAGCUUUUCCUUAUGAACAAGGUCAGUUAUUUAAAUAUAGCAUUAAUUAUAAUAAAUCUAAUGUAUUAUUAUUUAUAUUAUUUUCUUUUAUUUGUUUUAGCUGUUUGAAUACUAGCAAAAAUUUUCCUCCAGAAAAUCCGUUGGUUUGUUAUACUUCUGCCAGUUGUUGCGGAAAUUAUAAUUUUUGUAAUAGGGAUCUUCAGUCAGCUUUUCCUUAUGAACAAGAUGAACAAAGUAAAGAUACAUCUACCUUGGGUCCAGUUGAAUUAGUUAUAUUGAUUGGAGGACCUAUCUGUGUGUUUUUUAUCGCUUUUAUGAUCGGCAUUUCGAUAUGGCAUCAAAAACAGAGAUUAAGAAGAUACAGAUCUGAAGUUGAAGCGACAAUUGAAUGCGGUGAUCAGCCUUACGGACAGACGUUAAAAGAUUUGAUGGAAAUAACCACUUCUGGUUCUGGUUCAGGUCUUCCUUUACUCGUUCAACGAAGCAUUGCUCGUCAAAUUCAAUUGAUAGAUGUGAUAGGCAAAGGGAGAUUUGGAGAAGUAUGGAAAGGGCACUGGAGAGGUGAAACCGUGGCUGUAAAAAUAUUUUUUUCAAGAGACGAGAGAUCGUGGUUUCGAGAAGUGGAAAUAUAUCAAACUGUGAUGUUAAGACACGAUAAUAUUCUUGGUUUUGUGGCAGCUGAUAAUAAAGAUAAUGGUACUUGGACACAAUUGUGGUUAAUAACUGAUUAUCAUAUGAACGGUUCCUUAUUUGAUUACUUGAACAGAACAACAGUCGAUAUUGCUACCAUGUGUAAGAUGACUUAUUCAAUUGCAAAUGGAUUAGCUCAUCUUCAUAUGGAAAUUAUGAGUACACAAGGGAAACCAGCUAUUGCUCAUCGUGAUCUAAAAAGCAAGAACAUUUUAGUAAAAGCCAGUAAAGAAUGUGCCAUUGCUGAUUUAGGGCUGGCGGUGAGAUUCGAUUCCGUGACAAACUCCGUGGAUAUUCCGCCGAAUCCGAGAGUGGGUACCAAGAGAUAUCUUGCUCCGGAAGUAUUGGGCGAGACGAUCAACACAAAUCAUUUUGAUUCGUUCAAGAGAGCAGAUAUAUACGCCCUCGGACUCGUUCUUUGGGAAAUUGCACGUUGUUGUGAUAUAGGGGGUAUUUAUGAAGGUUAUCAGUUACCUUAUUAUGAUAUGGUGGCACCCGAUCCUACAAUCGAAGAAAUGAAGAAAGUGGUUUGCGUCGACAAACAGAGACCGGCGAUUCCUAAUCGAUGGCAGUCUUGCGAGGCUCUGAGAGUCAUGUCAAAAAUUAUGAAAGAAUGCUGGUAUCAUAACCCAGCGGCUCGUUUAACCGCACUCCGGAUAAAGAAGACGAUUGCCAAUUUGGGGGCUCAUGAAAAUUCGAAAAUCUGAUACUAAUCUUUCAUAGAAAGAUGAUAAUUUAACGUAUAAAACCACUGCAUGACUUUUAUUACAGAAUCUACGAGGAUUACUUUCGUACGAAAUGGAAUCCUUGUAGGAACGAAAUGCUUUCGUAUGAAACACUUUUCCCAAUGAUAUCUUCAUUUUUUAGUUUUUCUUAGAAAGAUUUACAUAUUAUAGAAAAGUUUUGAGGUUAUUAACUGAAUAUUGUUGUCUUGUAUUUCACUAUUUCUCGAUGUUAAUAUAAAAAAAAAGAAGUUGGUAGUUUUAUCAUGUGACUGUUAUUGUUUAUAAUGACGUGAGUAUAGAUUGUGUAAAUAUUGAGAAAUUGUAAUUUCUCACUCGAAAGUUGAUAUUAUUAUAAAGCGAACAUGGAUUAUAUUGGAAGUUUUUGUAGGCCUUGUCUUUUUAAAGAUGUUACGGCCAUAAUACUGGUGCUAUAAUGUGACUAAUAUUGGGAUUCAUAAUCUCAGGCCUGGUCAUAAAAUUUGGAAUAACAUAUUCCUAAUCAUGUUGUCCCUAAAGGAGGUUAAGUUUUCAAAAGAGUUUUAGUGAUGCCCGACCUUCCAAGUGAAGUUAGCUUAGUAACUAUCCUUAGUAUUUGUUUUUGGAAUGACGAUACAAGUAAAAACUAAUUUAUGUUCCUGUUUAAAAUCAAAAAAACAUCUUGGAUUUGUUUUUUAUUAUUAAUUCUAAAUUACAACUGUAAAUUAUUAACAAAUAAUUCAUUACAAUGUGCAAUUUGUUAUAAAUUAAGGAAAAACAGUAAUAAUAUUUAAAAAAAAAAAAAAACCAUUGAAAAUGGUCACAUGGAGUUUAGCGUAUAUAGGUGUCUGCAUAUGGUUUGUUGGAUUUUCUUGCAUAGCAUCGUAAUGCUUGUCUACAUAUUUGUAACUUUUAAAGUUCAUAAAUUAUUUAUUAAAGGUUGCCAGUAUAUGGCGAUAACAUGACGAUUAGAUAAGAGUUGUAAAUAAUAGUAUAUUACGCUUGAUGAAGCUUGAUUGUUGUUUCUUUUUCUUUUUUUUAAAGACGACUGUAAACUCCAUGCUCGAUGUCUCUGUGGUGCAUUUCUACCGUUUGUUUGGGGAAAUUUCCUGUCCGAAAUGUCACGCAUUUUUUGUUUCCAUGCAUUUAAAUCAAUCUUUUUUCAUACGAUCGAUAUUCGUAUAGUGUAGGCUUUGUAUAAUAGAAACAAUAUUUGUGCCUUUUUACUAUUAAGUAAUUACUUUCUAUUCUGUAUUAUUAUCGGAUGUUUAUCAUUGUCGUCGUCUUUAAUUUGGCGAUGCAUCUAUAGUUUUUUGGGGAUGUAAUAAUCAGUUUGAUGAACACUGCCAUUUAUAUAGCUUUUCUGAUUGUUGCACUAAAGCCCAAUCAUUUUUAAUUGUGCUAUUGGAUUAUAUAUACAUAUAUAUAUAUAUAUAUAUAUAUGUGUAAUUUUUUAUUAUAUAUAUAUAUGUAUAUAUAUAUGUGUAUGUGUGAGUGCGUGAUUUGUGUUUUUUUUUUUAAGUGUAUUAAGAAAACAUUCCUGAAAAUGAUCUCCGAAUAGAUACUGGGUUCUGGAAUAGUUUGUAACAUACCGGUAAAGUUAAAUGGUAUAUUUGAUACCAUAAAAAAAAAUUAUAUAUAAAACUAUGUGAGUGUUAGUCAACAGUUUUGUGUAUUUUUAAAUUUCGAGCUGUCUGACAGUCACAGAUCGAGUGCGAGACGAGCAGUAUUAUACACACGAGUGUACGGAAUUUAUAUAUAGUAUUCUUUGAUA